AAAAUAAGGAAUCUCCCACAGGCUGUUCCUCCCCCUUCAAAACCCCUUGGAGGUAUAAGGAGGGAACUGACAGCCCAGACUCCUAGGCUCCAGAGGGGAAGGGAGGGGCAGAGAGGAAGGGGAGAAGGACCAGCUUGGAGCAGGCAGAGUUUCUUCUCUCUCUGCCUGGCACAUGUUGCCCAGCCAUGGGGACCUUCGACCUGUGGACAGAUUACUUGGGUUUGGCACGUCUGGUGGGGGCUCUGCGUGGGGAAGAAGAGCCUGAGACCAGGCUGGACCCCCAGCCAGAACCAGUGCCAGGACCGGGGGAUCAGAGGUCCAGCCCGGAAUCCUCACCAGCUCCGGAACGCCUGUGCUCUUUCUGCAAACAUAAUGGCGAAUCCCGGGCCAUCUACCAGUCCCAUGUGCUCAAGGAUGAGGCAGGCAGGGUGCUGUGCCCCAUCCUUCGAGACUACGUGUGCCCCCAGUGUGGUGCCACUAGAGAUCGUGCCCACACUCGUCGCUUCUGCCCACUCACUGGCCAAGGCUACACCUCUGUCUACAGCUACACCACCCGCAACUCCGCAGGAAAGAAGUUGGCCCGGCCUGACAAGGCGAGGACACAGGACUCCAGUCACCGCAGAGGAGGAGGAGGAGCCAGUGCAGGUUCCAAAGGUGCCGGGAAGUCGUCUGGGCCUUCACCCUCUUCCUGCUGCCCCUCCACUUCUGCGUAGGAGGCAGGUGCGGGGAGGACGUCCAGGAUGCUGCCUUCGCCUGGCCUGGGGACCGUGACUCCUUGAAGGCUGGAUUUCAGGGAAAAUGCAUCUGGCAAGGACCCUCCCCUGAACCCUUCCCCCAGCCUGGAGGCU